AUGGCCACUAUUAACAACAUCAACCCAUCGGUUGACAAUAUCCCAAUCGCUGUGAACAGGCUUAGACAAUCUUUUUUUGAUAGGCCAGUCAGGGAAAUUUCCGAGUUGCGGGGUCAACUAUCGGCCAUCAAAGUGGGUCUCGAUAAGCACAGAGAUCAAUUGGCAACAGCACUUGAGAAAGACUUUCACCGAUCUGUUUUGGAGACUAUUGUGCUCGAAUAUUCGUGUAUUUCUGGGGAGAUUGACUACCUUACUAAACACUUGGCUUCCUUACUUAAGGCAGAUGGUCCGGAUGAAAAGUCAUCCUUGUUUUCCACGUUGAACAUGAAGACGGAGAAGAUUCCGUUGGGAUGUGUCUUGAUCAUUGUACCAUUCAAUUAUCCACUCGAACUUAGUUUGAGUCCUCUUGUUGGUGCAUUGGCUGCUGGUAACAACGUGGCAUUGAAGCUUCCGUAUGACAAAUGCCCUGAGUUCUGCGUGGAAUUAACUAAAAUGUUACUUGAAAGUGUUGAUCCAGACCGGUUAAUCGUUGUGAACGGUGGAAUUCCGGAGUCCAACGCCCUUUUGGAUCAACAAUUUGACAAGAUCUUGUUCACAGGAUCCGGGAAAGUCGGACAUAUAGUUAUGGAGAAGGCUGCCAAGUAUUUGACUCCAACGGUGCUUGAAUUGGGUGGUAAAUCACCUACUUUCCUCACUUGUCAUUGCGGUAAUUUGAAAAAAGCUUGGAAAAGAAUCCUUUGGGGUAAGUUUGCCAAUGCAGGGCAGACAUGUGUUGCUCCAGACUACCUAUUAUUAGAUGAUAAGAUCUAUGACAAGGCAAUCAGUGUUAUGAGAGAAGUUUACAAAGAGAUGUUCCCGAGAAUAAACGCCGAUGUCGACUAUACUCACGUGAUCGAUCAAAGAGCAUUUGAUAGAUUGACUGGAUACUUGGAGAAAACCAAGGGUAAGGUAAUUGUGGGGGGUGGUAAGGAUGCGGCAUCAAGGUUCAUUGAGCCUACGAUUGUAACAGACGUUGAAUUUUCCGACAUUCUUAUGAAAGAGGAAUUAUUUGGACCUAUAUUACCUAUUAUCCGAUACUCUGAUCUUGGUAAAGCUGUUGAUACUGUGAGAUUGAAACAUGAUACUCCUUUGGCUAUUUAUAUCUUUAGUGAUUCGACCAAAGAACAAGAGCUUAUCAAGAUUAUCCGAUCAGGAGGAAUGUGUAUCAAUGAAACAUUGAUGCAUGCAGGAUGCCACUCAACACCUUUCGGGGGAAUCGGACAAUCGGGAUUCGGCAACUACCACGGUCGAUAUUCCAUCGCUACGUUUACCCAUCAGAGAGCUGUUUUGAAACAGCGAUAUUGGGCAGAAUUCACUGUGGAUAUUCGAUACCCUCCCUAUAAUUAUGCCAAGGUGAGAAAGUUACUUGUACUUUCUAAGUUACCGGCUGUUCCCUGCCUAUCAGUUUGGAACAUUCUGGCGUAUGUUGUUGUUCUGGCAGUUGGAAUGAUAGUUGGUCAUUCAUAUACUAAUUGA